AUGGAAGAUGUUGGCGCAAAGUCAGAGCUCCCCAUGACGGCGCCCUCCGACCCGCCCUCAAUCCCUACCCUCGACGGCUGGAUCGAGAGCUUGAUGGCUUGUAAGCAGCUGUCCGAGGCCGACGUCCAGAGACUGUGUGAGAAGGCAAGAGAGGUCCUCCAGGACGAGUCCAAUGUCCAGCCUGUCUUCCACGAUCUGAUGGAGCUGUUCAAGAUUGGAGGCCCCAACCCUGACACCAACUACCUCUUCAUGGAGACCGUGACAUUGCUCGUCGCCCUCAAGAUCCGCUACCCACAACGCAUUACCAUUCUCCGUGGCAACCACGAGUCUCGUCAGAUCACCCAAGUCUACGGCUUCUACGACGAGUGCCUGCGCAAGUACGGCAACGCAAAUGUCUGGAAGUACUUCACCGAUCUCUUCGACUACCUACCCCUUACCGCCCUGAUCGACAACCAAAUCUUCUGUCUUCACGGUGGUCUGUCACCGAGCAUCGACACACUGGACAACAUCCGUGCGCUCGACAGAAUCCAAGAGGUGCCCCACGAGGGUCCCAUGUGCGAUCUGCUUUGGAGUGAUCCCGACGACAGAUGCGGUUGGGGAAUCAGUCCCAGAGGUGCCGGUUACACUUUCGGCCAGGACAUCAGCGAGGCUUUCAACCACAACAACGGCUUGACGCUGGUUGCCCGAGCCCAUCAACUGGUCAUGGAGGGCUACAACUGGAGUCAGGACAGAAACGUCGUCACGAUAUUCUCGGCUCCUAAUUACUGUUACCGCUGCGGCAACCAAGCUGCGAUCAUGGAGAUCGACGAACAUCUCAAAUACACCUUCCUUCAAUUCGAUCCCUGCCCACGCGCCGGCGAGCCAAUGGUGUCUCGUCGCACUCCCGACUACUUCCUCUAG